AGAAUAUAUACCGUGUACGAUCAUUUAUACAAGUCAUGACGUUGUCCAUCUCCAUGUAGUUUUCUCAUAUGCUACACGUUCGGGUUCAAGUUAGUUAUGCAGGAAAUAAAGGACACUCUCUCUCUCUGUGUGAUGAGAUAGGUUUGGAAUGGAAACGUGGUUAUGGAGUAGCAAAGAUGUCAGGUACCGUCAUUACAGCUGUAAAUGCACACGUCACGCGCCUCGCACCUCUGGAGGUAUAAGCGAUAUAUAGCGACUAGGACCGGUUCAGUGUUGUACCGAGUUUGUUCAGAGUCUAUGGUGAGAUUUAUUUGUCUUGUGACUGGAUUCCUGUCGUGAUGAAGUGAAUAGGGUUAUGUGUGUGGGUGGAAAAUGAAGCCUGUGGGCUGUGUGUGUAUGUGUGUGUGUGUGUGUGAAUGAGCACAUCAGAGCGGGAAGGCUGAAGUGUACGGGAAGAGUGUCCUGGCGCAAUGUGUCCCGACUUCCGCUCUCCACCUCCGCGAACGCGCCCGUUUCAAAUAAUGUGAAAGUGAAAGAGGCGCUGCACUUCAGAGAGGCAGUAUAAAAUAAACCAGGACAGAGAUCAACAGCAGUUUAGCUUUGUCAGGCCAAUAUCCUUCCGCUGUGUUGCAUCAGUUAAAGCCCACUCACCUUCUUAGAAAGACAAGCACGUUCGUAUUUAAAGGGGUUCAGCAGACGGGAGCUUCAUUUCUCUUCACUGGGCUGAAGAGCAUGGAACCGUCCUUUCAAUAGAGUCGUGUUUUUAAAAGCCAGGACACGAAGAAACCCUUCUUUCGAGAUGCCAUUUUUUGCGCUCAUGGAAAAGGUAGACGAAGAAACAAGCUCCUUCUCUGGAAGUGAUUCCCAAAGUCCACAGAACUGGGGCAGAGAUCAGCCGGAGGAGAGGGUUUGUCAGCGCCGACAGCGGAACAGGGAUGCAGCUCGGAAGAGUCGCAAAAAGCAGACAGAGAGAGCAGAUGUGCUCCAUGAGGAAAUGCAGACUUUGGAGCGGUCCAAUGCUGCCUUACUGAAAGAGAUUUCUGAACUGGAGAAAGAAAAGCAGCACUACACUACAGCCUUAAAAGAACAUGAACCCCAGUGUACACUAUCAUGCUGGUCUGGACCUUCCAUAACAGACAUGUCUACCUCAAACUUUCUCCAAACCUUUAAUAACCCAAAGCCUGAGGAAGAGCCCAUUUUUCCAACACAUGAUCCAGCUGCACCGGACGAAUCGCUUGCUGACCUCCUGGAUAAGGCUGACUGGAUACCAUGGGACUUUGACAUAAGAUUACCACCAUUUUGAAAAAAAAAAUGUUGGAGGUGAAAUCUGAAAACAAACAAAAAUGUAGCUUCUUCCUCCUACCACCUCUAUCCAGCUUUAACAUGCUCUAGUGCAGGGUUGUCCAAUCUUAUCCACAAAGUGCUGCUGUUUUCAUUCCAAUCAAGCAGAAGACACACCUGAUUCCACCUGUUUAAUCAACUGGUCUUGGCUUUCAAUAGACUCAGGUGUGGCUGCUGCGUGGUUGGAAUGAAAACCUGCACACACACUUUUGGGGAUAAGAUUGGACACCCCUGUUCUAGUGGGUGCUAGUCUUUAGAAGUCUGUGAGAUUUAACAUUGUACUAAGCUUUAUUUUUAUUCAAAUUUAUUUUUAUAUUUCACAAAUACAGUCUAUUAUUCAGUGUAGAGUGUAGUGACCUAAACGAAAAAUGUGUACACCUAAAUGAUUUUAAUGAUG